GUUUAAUUGUUCACACAUAUUUUGAUGACUUUGAGCUAAGAUGGGGACCAAAAUGAAGAUUACCUUCCUUACUGUGAGCAUUUUAAUAGGAGUCUCCAUUUCUGAAGGUGCAAAAAUCACUGAUGACACAGAAAGCAUACUUAGCCUAGCAAAAUCUCUUCUGCUUCAGCCUGACAUGAUUGCAGACCUAGCUGGUAUUACCAGGAUACGUAGAGAUACCAGUAAACAGAAGUUUACUUGGGAUCAUCUUGGGAUAACUGUCAUCUUAGAGUUAAAAAAUCAGGAUAACCCAUUUAAAGGAGUAGAAGCUGAGGUUGAAAUCAAAGAUCUGUCAGUUCUAGUUCCUUAUACAACAAUAGGUUUUGUUAAAUUUUUCAUUGUCCUUGUGGGAGGCGAAGGUUCCAAAGAUAGCAUCUUUGAUCUGCAGAUUGAUUAUGAACUUCAUCAUGACCAUGUUGAGAAGGGAAAACUAGCUCUGGUGAUAUCUCUAGACAAUGACCGACAUUAUACUCUUAAACUUGAUGUUGAAACAUCCUUAGACAAAGAGAAACAAUUUGUUCAUCCAUUUACUCUCACAUUAGCAAAUACAGAGUUCAAUCCAGAGUUCAGUCAAAUAGAAGGAAGCUACACAGACCAGGAUUAUCAUGGAUGCCCAAUUACGAUCAAGAAAUUGUAUAGCAAAAUAUUCCUGAUUGUUGAACAUCCAGAGAAUAAAAGUAAUAUCAUAGAGUUUGAAUUUGACAUGCAGACAUUUUCAUCAAGAUUGUAUUUUGAUAGUCAUCUUCAUUACGUAGAACUUUUAUCUGUAUAUCAUAAAGAGAGCAUUCAAGUAGGCGGGACCCUACUUAUUCAUCAAUUAGGAGGUUUCACUUUUAAUCUAGAUGUUUCAAACAAACUGAAGAACUUCUUUUUUCAUCUAAAGAUUGGCCACAAUGGACAAAAGAUUUUGUCCUUUCAUUUCAGAGAAAUUCCUGAAUAUUUACUGAAUAUGGAUGAAUAUCAAGCAUUUGAAAUAUUUGCAGGAACUGAUCUUGAUCUUGAAGAUCUUGAAGAUCCUGAAGAUCUUUUUAUUGAUCUUCCUCUGUUAAGAAUAGCUCUGAGGCAAGAAUAUACUGACAUUACUGAAGUUGAUGAAAUGGAACUUUUUUCUCCUAUUUUUGAUAGUAGAUUUGUGGUUAAAUGUGCAUCAACAUCACAUAAAAAAAGAAAAUUCCCAAAAAGUUCUCGCACAUCCAGACUAACCUCUGGGAAUAUGCCGAAACAUUCUUUGCAUUUGUUUGCUGAAAUGAAUCAGAAAAGACAUUUUGAGUUGAAUGCUGUAACACAAUCAGAAGGAGAGGAACUGGAAAGGGGGGAAAUAACUGUUGAAUUGAUAGAUUUCAAAUCUUUAAUGAAGAUCAAGUUCUAUACGGAUUAUUACAAUCUCACUAAAGGACUUGAAGUAGAAGCAUCAAUUGAUGGUUUGUAUCUCAAACCACUCCUUAUAGAAGUUAAUCAAAAAAAGAUUAUUGUGAGUGGGUUGACAGGAUUAGAUGGAAGUUUUGAUAUUGAUGUUGAACGUAAUCUUCGAAAGUUUGAUAUAUCUUGGGGCGGGCACCAUGUCAAUAGAAUCUCAGGCAGAAAGCAACUGAGCAGAAAUAUAAACCUAGAUGUUUAUAAAGUUAAUUUCUUCACAUCUAAUUAUUCUGGCAGGUCUGGAAGUUUAAUGCUGGUAAAUGGAUACAAUAAAGUGAAAGUAUUUCUUCAAGAAUUAGAAACUGACUUGAAAGUUUCAUUGGAAGUAAGGAAAACAUCUCAGGAUUCCUUUGAGAUUGAUGGAUUUGGAACUGUCUUUGGGGGAUCUCCAUUAUUUAAAUGGAACAGUCACGCUACAGUUCAAAACAAUGGAAUUUAUUUUAGCAUAGUUGCAGGUGGAAACCAAUCUUUCAAUAUCUUUCAGAUUGAAUUAUCUGAAAGUUUUGAAUUAAAGCUUGACAUGAAUUCACUUCAUGAUUUAUAUCUUCAAGGAAAUCUGUCAUCCAACAUUUUUCCUUCUGGAAUUCUGAAACUGAAUACACUUGGGCCCUAUCAAUUCAAGUUGAGUGCUCCAAUGCCAGAUCAAACAUAUUUGGACAUUGAUAUUGAUCCUGCUACUGGGACCUUCAUGAGUGUCAUGUCUGGCAUUUAUUCUCCAGAUAGUUUUGAGGUAGAAAUCAAUCAAAAGCAUUUUGUUCUGAAGUGUGAUCCUCAAUUUGCAAACUUUGAAUUUACUUUAGAUAUGCCAGAUAAUAGUCAAAUAGAAAUUUUAUCCAACCCAGCUGAUGGAAACAUUUUAAGCAUCAAAUCAAACAAUUUCUUUGGCUUUGAAUCUUUGGAAAUUGUAACAGAAGGAGAGUGGAAGAAUCUUGUUCUGAAUGGUCUUAAUAUUGCAACGUAUCAAUAUUGUUUAUUUGAAAAACACGUUAGUAUAGAAAUGUAUGGAGUUGUGGCAAAUGUGAACUGGGACUUUGCGCCCUACUACACACAAGGAAGGCUGAACACCUUCAACGUGGAUUUAUCAGCAAAAGGAGUAUCAAUAUCCAGUAACCUAACCAUGGACCUUAGCAGCAUGAUUCUUGAAAUAGAAGAGACUAUCAGUAUUCCUCAGCUCCCAGCUAUAUCACCAAUAAAAGCAAAGAUCAAAGGAGAGCCAAGGCAGAAUCACCUAAUGAAAAUAACUCUGUCUACUGCUGGAAAAGGCUUCAGCUUCUCACUGGAUUCAGAUAAUCAAUACAAUGUGUUUGUUUCAGAAAUAAGUGCUAUUCCUGAAUCUGAUUAUGUUGAUGGGAUUAAUCCAGAUGACGCUAAUAGUCAUGGAAUUUAAGAUGACUAUUAUGAUUAGUGGAUUCCAGAUGGCCAUGAUUAUGAGGGGGUUCCUGAUGAUCCUGAUGAUUAAAGUGGGGGUUUAAGACUAAAUUAUUGUUUUAAGUAAUUGAAAUAUUAAUCUGUAUCGAUUGGCAGCUAUAAAAAUAAAAUAAAUAUCAUUGAUUCAAAAAAUUGUAAAAAAAAUUCUGUGUUCUUUCACUUUUCUCUUUCCCUAUUGUAGGAUUAUGUUGCCUACUCCCCUUCAGGGGUUAAGCAUAUAGUCCUUAAUUUCAGCCAGAACAAUUUGGUUCUGAACAUGCCUUGCUGUCAACAAGGAUAAAUCAUUAAAAACUAAAGAAAAUUACAACAAAAUCUUUCUUAUGUGAACUUUGAAUGAAUAUACCCACCAAGAGAUUAUGAAAUAGCAAAUAAAAAAAUGGGUUAAAGUGGUUCUAAUGUUAAGACUCCCUAAACCUUGAACCAGGACCUCUAGCUUAUUGUGAUGAGUUAUAUUUGAAAACGUGUUUGUGUUAGUCUGAGUGAAAAUGAUAGAGUUUUACCUAAUUUUCUAACUUAUAAUUCAUUUUUUUCAAUUUUGUUUGUCUAUUUAUAAAAGGGAGAAAAAAUCAAAACUUUUUCAGAUAAAAAACCGACAAUAUCUCGACACUAUUUAUUAGAUCAAAAUUUUAAGGUGACUUUUUUAAAUGAAGAGUCAGAUAUGUGUGCAGUGCCUUUUUGUAGUAGAUUAGCACAUAUAUUUCUGUUCA